AUGUCCCCCAGCAAACCCCCAACCCCAACCCCAGAGUUCCUCGACCCAAUCUCCUCAUGGCGCGCCUGGCAAACCCUCACAAUAAUCUACACAAUCCUCCUAAACCGCCAAAUCCGCCGCCGCUGGGUCCUCGAACAAAAAAGCAUGCAAAACAAACCACUCUGCGAACGCUUCCAACCCUUAAUCUUCCUCGAAUCAGUCCCAACCCUGCAAAAGCCCAACACGACCCCAACCCCCUCCAAAAACGCAACUAACAACCCCUUCAACACAACCACAAUGAACAAACUACGCACAAAAGCCGCUCUCCUCCGUGCGCGCAUCGAAAAGGGAAAGGAACUCGCCUCCGAGAUCGAGCGUCGCAUGGCCCAGGACCCGCCUAUCAGAUUUCCGACGCAUUUCUGUCAUACUUGUGUCCAGGACGGGGAGAGGAUUGAGGUUUUGCUUACGAAGUGUGGACAUCGGGUUUGUAGGAUUUGUCUUGAGUAUGGGGUUGAUGAGGAUGGGGUUUAUGAGUGUAGUAUUUGUUUCCUGCCUACGGGUUUUGUGGCGCGGAGUCCGUUGGCGUUGGUUAAGGGUUCAGGGAAGGUUUCUGCGGUUGUGAAAGAGGUGAAGGAGGAUGGGGGAGAUGGGGAUGGAGAGUGGGAAUUGAGUGAGGUAUUGUUUGCUGAGUGUUAG